GAUUCUCUAAGUACACCAUACUCUAACUUGAACUCUUCAACAUUUCUCUCUUUUUUUGGAUAUUUUGAAAAAUUUUCUCUCUUUUAAGAUAAAUCCGUGAAAAUGAGACAUUUGAUUCAAUCAACGUUCAAAGCAAUCAAGAGGCACCGGCAAGUCUAAGCGGUGGAAGCCAUGAACCAAAGCCAUUCGAAUUCAAAUGUGAAGCAUGCUGUCAAUAAUGGUACUCGAGCCUUAUAUCUGGCCAGAUAUACCAGUAGUGAUGCAUCACUGGACUCAACUACAGAAAGCAAAAAAAGUUUCAAAGGACAUGAUAUGCUGGCACCUUUCACUGCUGGGUGUCAAUCGACUGAUACACAUCCAUUGGUGAUAGAUAAGUCUGAGGGUUGCUACGUGUACGAUAUUGAAGGCAACAAAUAUCUUGAUUCUCUUGCUGGUCUGUGGUGCACAGCCUUAGGAGGAAAUGAAUCUCGACUUGUUUCUGCUGCAACAUCACAGUUGAAUAAGUUGCCAUUCUACCACUCAUUUUGGAAUCGAACUACCAAAGUGUCUUUAGAUCUUGCUGAGGAGCUUGUAGAAAUGUUUACAGCAAGAAAAAUGGCCAAAGCUUUUUUUGUAAAUAGUGGAUCAGAAGCCAAUGAUACUCAGGUUAAGCUGGUUUGGUAUUACAACAAUGCACUCGGAAGACCAGAUAAGAAAAAAUUUAUUGCUCGAUCGAAAUCAUACCAUGGCUCCACCCUAAUAGCUGCUAGCUUAUCAGGACUUCCUGCCUUGCAUCAACAAUUUGAUUUGCCAGCUCCAUUUGUUUUGCACACUGAUUGUCCUCAUUAUUGGCGCUAUCAUCUUCCAGGUGAAACAGAGGAGGAGUUUGCUACCAGGUUGGCCAAUAAUCUAGAAAAUCUUAUCCUCAAAGAGGGACCAGAGACGAUUGCUGCAUUUAUUGCUGAGCCUGUUAUGGGAGCAGGAGGUGUAAUUCCUCCCCCGGCAACAUACUAUGACAAGGUUCAACCGAUAUUGAAGAAAUAUGACAUCCUCUUUAUUGCAGAUGAGGUUAUCUGUGCAUUUGGAAGACUUGGUGAAAUGUUUGGUUCUGAUAAAUACAACCUCAAACCAGACCUUGUCUCCAUGGCUAAGGCUUUGUCUUCAGCUUACAUGCCCAUUGGAGCCAUUCUAGUAAGUCCUGAAAUCUCAGAAGUUAUAAACACUCAAAGCAGCAAACUUGGUUCCUUUUCUCAUGGAUUCACGUAUUCUGGGCACCCGGUCUCUUGCGCUGUUGCACUCGAAGCACUGAAGUUGUACAAGGAAAGAAAUAUUGUUGAGCGUGUAAGGAAACUUGCACCAAAAUUUCAAGAUGGAAUUAGAACUUAUGCUGACAGUCCUAUCAUUGGGGAGAUAAGAGGAACUGGCUUAAUUCUUGGAACUGAAUUCACGGACAACAAGUCACCAAAUGAUCCAUUUCCUCCUGAAUGGGGAAUCGGUGCAUAUUUUGGGGCACAGUGCCAGAAGCAUGGAAUGUUAGUUCGUGUGGCCGGUGAUAACAUUAUGAUAUGCCCUCCACUAGUUAUCUCCGAGGGAGAAAUUGAUGAGUUAAUUACCAAAUAUGGGAAAGCACUGAAGGACACUGAGGAGAGAGUGAAGGAGCUGAAGGCCCAGAAGAAGUAAGGAUCCUUGCUGGGUUGAUAAUGGCGAAAAUGAAGUUCUUCCAUAUUUUCUUAUGUAAAUUAAGGGUUCCUUGUGAUGACAUAAUAGUCAUUGUAAGAAUAUUACUCCGUACUAUGCCUUAAUUAAUAAAUGCAUUAUUUCCAGACCA